AUGAUGACCUUCAUUCUGGAUUCCACACGGAGCGCGCAAUUUCCACACUGGUGCGCAGCGAGGCAUCCGCAAUAUGAAGAAGAAGCUGGAGAAGAAGACGAAGAUGCAGAGUCCAAGCCACAGCAAGAAGAGGAAGCAGUUGACGCUCGAACACUUCUUCCUGUCUCCCUCGACAUCCAACAAUUCAACGGUCUGCGCCGACGACACCUCAACGCACCCUUCCUCCGGUGCCGCAGCUGCUUAAUGUCCAAGACAUCAGUACCGAAGAGGCCAAAGUACCCGCCGGCCCCACGUCGUCGAAUCCUGGAAAGUCCGGCUGCAAAGCGUCCGAGAUUGGCGUUGGCUGACAUCACGAAUCAGCCCGAAGAUAAGAGUGACAUCGGGCAGGAUGGAGGAGCAAGUACAAGCAACACCGACUAUCAGCUGAAGUACAAGUUUGUGUGCCAGAAUGAGGUUUGCGCCCAAGAGGGGAUGAAGCCCAAAGUCCCAGGUGCCAAGUCCAACUCCAAUAAAUAUCGCUGCCAGCGAAAGGGCCACGUCGGUUGCCCGAUGAAGAAGUGCCCGGAGAUCGCGACGUUCGGCCCCAUCGGCAGCAACGAGCGCGUCUACUGCACAGACUGUACUCGGCGUUUGCGUCUCCUCAAGAAGUUCAAGCCCAACGCGAACUCGAAUUAUCCUGCUCCGUCGUACGGACCACCCGAUUUCGGCCGCGCGAGUAACUUCGAGUUUGAGUGUCUUAAUGACAAGUGUGCCGGGAAGGGGCACUGCCAGCGCCUCCACCACGACAAGUGCGACAAGAUCCCAUGCACGAAGGCGGCAACGUACGGUCCAGGCUUCGAGCGGAUCUACUGCCGCGAUUGCGUCAAGACCCUGCGCUUGACACCCUUCUACGAGUCGAAUUGGCCGAGGUGUGUCAAGUGCGGGGAUGGAAGCAGGGCGUUGCCGGCCAUGUUUGGCAAGCGCGGCGGACGCAAGACGCACUGCCUCAAGUGCGCUGCUGGAGAGGAGGGGCUGAUUUCUCUACGUAACGCAAUCUGUGCUUUCAAGCUGCUGGAUGGUGAGCUGUGUUCAAGACACGCAACUGGGAGGAUCGAUGGGGUGCUUGUUUGCACUGAGCACGGCACGUCAGCAGAUCAGGCCGCAGCUGGUGAUUUCGAGCGGUUUGCUUACAAGGUCUGCCAAGCGGAGGGAUGCGAGAUUGUUGCGACGGGCACCCACUGCCACAAACACCUCCGCGAACUCGGCUUGCCACUACCGGACGAUAGCCACAGGUACUGUGUUGACUGCAAGGUCACUACAGCGUCGUUCAGGUGCAAGUACGGCAAGCUCUGUGCCCCAUGCCGCCAUGAACGCCAAAGGCGUGAUGAUACGCUAGAAUUUGAAGAUUUGACCAAGACGUGGUGCCUGGAAUGUGGCGUUCGGCGCCGCAAGUACGGUUUCGAGGGCGGCAAAGCCGCAUUGUGCUCCGCGUGCGCGAAGAAGUCUGAGUUCGCGUCCACAUUUACGAACGAACGUGUAUUGCGGCCGGAUCCGCUGUGCUGCAAGGCGCACAGUGAGCACGGCAUGGUAGACGUCAUGUCCCCUCGAUGUGUAUCCUGCGAGGUCAAGCGAGUGAGUGCGGACUACAAGCCGCAAUGUUCGCGAUGCUACUUCGCUGAGCACCCUGACGAAGCCGGGGCCCGCAACUACAAGGUUCGUGAAGAUGCUUUUAUGGAUGAGUUGCUGCUGCACUUCCCGUCCAUGGUUCGAGACAAGCAGAUUGCGGGGGGAACGUCGAAGCGCAGGCCAGACGGGUUCAUCCGUUGUGACGCCCACUCCGUUAUCGUCGAGAUCUACGAAGAGCAGCACGUCGAAUACGACAAGCUCGACGAGAAGAAGAGGAUGAAGGAGCUGCUUCAAGACAACCAUGGUCGUCCGCUUAUUUUCGUGCGCCUGAAUCCCGAUGGCUACGAGCAGAACGGCGUCAAGGUGAAGCCUGUGUUCAAGAAGGUCCGUACUGUCAUGGAGCGCGACGAAGCUGAGUUCAAGAUCCGCUUUGCGAUGUUGAAGAUGGCAGUCGCUGAAGCAGUGGCCUCCGCUCCCGUGGAGAAGGUGACAGCAGUUCAGCUCUGUUUCGAUGACUAG